AUGGCCAGUGAGGUAGAUUCUAGACCUCAGAAGCUCAUUGACAUUAUCAAGGAGAAAGUUGAAAACAACAACCAGUUCUUCUCACUGGAAUUCUACCCACCAAAGACAUUCAAUGGUGCAACUAAUCUCAUGGGCAUCAUUGGCAGGUUGAAUGAACAUUGUACACCACUGUUCUGCAACAUAACAUGGAAACCCUCACAGGAUCCCAUGUCAGAUAAGUGUCAGCAAGAACCGAGCACUUUGUUAGUUUCUGCAGUGGCAAAAGACUUGUAUGGACAGGAUAUUAUGAUUCAUAUCCCUUCGGCAAACACAACCAAGAGUCAGGUUGUGGAGCAUCUCAUUCGUGCUAAAGAUCUUGGGAUAAGGAGUGUGCUGGCAGUUAGAGGACAAGGUAUUUGAUGUUAUAGAAUAAACCUAGUUCAAUAUUAUUUUUCCAUAAUUAACUCUCUCUUGACGGACACCUCUAUAAGAUGGACACUUCUGUAAAAUGGACACCCAGCAUUGAUCCUUGCCUUUCUUUUACUCCUUUAUUGGACUCUAUAUAACACAGACAACUCUUUUAGGUUAACAAUUAGUGUCCAUGUUAAGGCCGAUUUAGACAGUAGAAUUUUUGCUUAUGACUAUUGUGCGUAACUAGCAUACGUCAUGACUUUUGACGAUCCACAUGCGCACAAUAUUAUUGUCUCUUACGACAUUUACAAUGUGUUGUACGAAUAUCAUGUUGUCCUUUAUUGUGAAAACUGAUGACGUCACAAGCGGUAGAAAACGUGUGGACCAGCAUGGGCAGUUAUGGGCAGCUCAGGGGCGAUUGGGUCAAAAGAAAUAAAAGUGGGUUCUCAUGAAUUUUCACGGAACCAAAAAAUUGUCACAGAUGGUUUCCCAUGAUCUCUGGGCAUGGAACCGAAAAAUUGUUAUCCGUGGGACUUGAAAUCCUAGUGCUUGAGAACAAUAGACCUCAUUUAAACCUUAGUUUCAUUGUUUAACUAUUUUUAUAGAGGAGGAGGCACCUGGAUCGAGAGAUGAUGGAUUUGACUACACUGUAGACCUGGUCAAAUUGAUUAAAACUGAAUUUGGAGAUGAUUUCACUGUAGGAGUGGUAGGUAAGUUGGUAGAUCAAAGUGAAGGGUUAUUAAUUAUUCAUGAAUUAGGGUUUGGACACAGAGGAAAUUGAGAAUCAAUCUAGGUUUAAAAAUUUUAACUUAAGUAUAAUAAUAUUUUGACCUGUAACACAUAUACUUUUUGAUGUCUCUUUAGCAUGUGGAAUUAGCUUUACAUUCAAACUAGUAAAGUCAUUCAAAAAUAAUAAUAAACUGUACUUAAAAUCAAUACCAGCACCUGAAAGACCAAAUCUUACAUGUAUUUGGUAAUUUCACAAAAGUCCAUGGAUUAGCUUGUGAAGAAUGUGUAGUGUCAUAGUAGAAAACAGAAAGUCAAUGACUGGAAAAAGGAGAGACUGGAGUUAUUAUGCCAUAUAUCCUUUGGUUUCAAGCUGCAGGUAUUCAAAGACAUUUGAAAACUUUUACAUGUACAUGUAUGUUCAGACAAUGAAGGCAACCGUAUCGCUAGACUGUAUUACCAGCUGAGAAGCCUGCGGGCAAGCUCUCCAUUUAUGGUGACCAAAGUGAGCCGGGGGAGAACAUGCAAGCGAGUGGCAAAGCUUUGAGGGGCAAAGUUCCUUUCUUGCAUGACUUCUCAUGAUGUCCUGAGAUGGGAGAGCUUUGUUCGCAGUCUGCCAGCAGAGUUUAAGGCUGACCUUACAACGUAAGUGUGGUUUCAAAGACCUCUCUCGCACCAACAUAAGAAUAAAGAGACCAGUGAUAUAAAUGAGGAAAUUCUAAGUGUGCAAAACACCUAUAGAUAAGUAUCUUGGGCAGGAGGCCUUAGCCCUCCAAAACAGAAAUUGCCUGGGGCACAGUCUCCACACCCCCUCCCCCCAUAUGCUGGUGUCAAAAAUAUCAUAAGCGACAUUACCAGUGGCAUCAGCGACAUCAGAGCACACAUUGUAUGCCCUCAGAUGGCUCAAGAACUACCUAAGAAGCACCAUGAAGCUGGACCACCAGAACAACUACCUACGGUUGCGUUGUCACAGAUUGAUUGCAGACACACUUGACACUGUGAAGGUUGCAAAGAGGUUUGCUUGUGGCAAUGAACAAUGCAAAGGGCAUUUUGGAAAAUUUGAGUAGGGGUAUGGCUGAGUGAGAGAUGAGCCCUCCCCCCCUCCUCAUUUCAAAAUGCUCCACUGCCUCUGAGUUGAGAAAGGUCUUUGAAAACAUACCAGGCCAUAGAAAUGAAUUAUAGCUCUUCAACUUCUUUGUCUCCAAUUUGUUGAGUUAUUUGUUUGUAGGAUACCUAGCUUCAUCAAAUGUUGAAAGUUAUGAAGAAGACCUUAAGCAUCUGAAGGAAGAAGUUGAUGCUGGAGCAGAUCUUAUCAUUACACAAAUGUUCUUUGAAGUCAAAACGUUUUUCAAGUUUAAGGAGGAUUGCCAAAGAUUUGGGAUAAAUGUGCCAAUAAUUCCUGCCAUUUUCCCAAUUCAGGUAAAGUUUUUAUUUGCCUACUUUCACCUCACGGCCUUUGUACAGACAUCAAUGUCACCGACGUGAGACAGAUGAUUGUAGGUUAACCCUUUGAGUCCCAAUAUCUAUUUACAAAUUCUCCAUACUGAUUUCCAUUCAUUUUCCUAAAGAAUAAGUUGAGAGAAUUUGGUAAAAGAUCAAAGCAUUUUCUUGAUCAUUCUAUUAAUACUCAUGACCUUUUUACUUGAUGAUGUGUUGUUUUGUAUGGAGAAAAUUGGGUUUGGGCAAUAGACCUUGUGACAGUUUUCGACGCCUUCUUGACGAGCGGGCAAACGUGUGAGAAAUUACUGUGUAACAGUGUUUGUAUGAGAAUCUAAUGUCGAAAGCUGUCGAAUAAUUUUUGUAAAACGGCUAAAAAAUAUGAAUUGUAAACUAAAGCUUCACUCUUAAAGAUCCACUGAAAAAAUUUGACGGCGUUACAUGAGCUAGAAGACCUUGAACCACCUUUUAAGAUUUUCUAUACAUUUCCUGUGAAAAAUUGUAGGCAAAUACGUGGAAAAUCUAAAGUAAGCGUCUGGAGAAAUUUAAGCUCGGUAACAGCCCCUAAAAUUUGUUAGUAAAAUCGUUUGCUGUGUAGCUUUAGUUUACAAUUCAUAUUUUUUUUCAGAACAGCCGUUUUACCGAAAUUAUUCGACAUUAGAUUCUCUUACAGACACUGUAAUUUCUCACGCGUUUGCCUGCUUGUCAAGAUGGCGUCGAAAACCGUGACAAAGUCUAUUUUAGAAGGGAAAUGGUUAACCUUCCCAGUGACAAGGGCCCUUACCACUGUUACCAGUUACACCCAUGUUGCUUAUAGUUGUUAUCAUCAAAAGCCUUGGAAUUUACUGUAGGGUUGUUCUUUAAUUUUUGAUCUCAUGAUAACUCAAGGAUAAAAUCUUUAUUGAGUGAGUUGUUCUUUUCCGUGUAAACUAUUUUUUAGUGGGGUAAGGGUGGAGUUGGUAGGGGUUUCAACAAGCACCGACGGCCGACGAAACGCGUCGGCUACUUUUUUUGCAACUAGUUUGAAUAACGUUGUAAAUAAAAAAUGUAUCAUAAAAUCUGAAUGAAAUUCUGAAUUAUGAUGUGCUUUAAUGAAGGCUCUCUGGUUUUACGUUGUGCUUUAGUCAUAAGAACGCUAGAUUUCAGUCAAUUUUUCACACUUUUACACAGAAUUUGUUUACGAGCAAAAGUACGUAAUUUAGUUUUCAUCAUUUGUUCAUUGCCUGUAGGAAUUUUUUGUCUAACUGAACAAUCGAAAGUUGAGUGAAUCAGUGCUACGUUUUCUUGUAUAAAAAACAAACUCUUUUGUCCUCAAUUUAGUCCCGAGAACUCUGAAAUUCGCAUUUUAGGGCUUUGAAAUUUCAAAAUUUUCUGGGGAAGCACGCCCCCCAGACCCCCUCCCCCUAGAAAAAGGGGACUAACGCCCCCCUUGUUGAUACAGUCGGUUACUUUAUUCAAACCUGCUGCCUACUUCAUUUUUAAUUGAAACCCCUGAGGUGGUGAGAGCAUUUGCCUUCUACCAAUGUCGCUUGGGUUGCAAUCACCACGUUGACGACGCAUGUGGGUUGAAAUUGUUGUUGGUUCUUUCCCUCGCUUGGAGAGGUUUUUCUCUGGGUACUCUGGUUUUCCUCUCUGUUGAAAAACCGACAUUUCCAAAUUCAAUUUCGACCAGGAAUGGUAGAAGAAGGACCAUGAUGUGGAUGUGCUACCUCUAAAUUGUUAUUCAUUUAUUUUACAGAACUUCAAUUCCCUGCGCCAGUUAAAACGAUCAUCUCGCGUGGACAUUCCUCAGUGGUUACUGGACAUCCUCACCCCCAUGAAGGACGAUGAUACUGCAGUAAUAAAUUAUGGCAUCAAAUACGCCGCCGAAAUGUGCAAGCAGUUACUUGAGAGCGGUCAAAUACACGGCUUACACCUCUACACUUUAAAUCGUGAAACGUCCGUCUCGGAAAUCCUUAAAAAACUCUGCAUAUAUCACAUGACCGAUGAGCAAGAUUCGGGCUUGCGCAAAUUUCCUUGGAUGCCAGGGCCCGCUCUUGCGAGGCGUGGUCGGAUGGAACACGUGCGCCCGAUUUUUUGGACGUCAAGACCUCGCAGUUAUAUGAUCAGAACCUCGGACUGGGACGAGUAUCCGAAUGGAAGAUGGGGCGAUUCUAGUGCAGCGUCGUUUGGAGAGUUAAAGGAUUAUCACUUAGCACUGCUGGGAACACAUAAAAGUCAAGAAGAACUGUUGAACAUGUGGGGCCGAGAAUUGAACUCUGUGGAAGAUGUGUGUGAAAUUUUUGUUUGUUAUCUGACCGGAAAGAAGAAUAGACAUGGAUUUCAGGUUAGCACAUUCCUUUGCUGACUUGUCAAAUUCGUAUCCCGUUGAUCUUAAGGUCCAAUCUGACAAUAGAGAGAUAAAGUACCGCAUAGACCGGGAACUUCUGUAGUUAGCUGGUGAUUUAUCACUUACAAGCUUAUCACUUGUGCUCUUUCUGUGCGCGAACCUCUUGAUCUCAAUAUCAAAAAUACUGGAAGGCCUAUACUAACGAUCGGUAUUCCCACCCGUUCCCUGGGGAGUCCCCCCGGGGGUUUAUGGCGAAUAAGUGUCUUAAACGAGUCUGAAUCUCGAAGAAAUUUCGUUUGUUUCCAGGUGACAGAACUUCCUUGGAAUCAGGACGAGCUGGCACCCGAGACACUGCCCUUUGUCGACAAGCUUGCUCAUAUCAACAAACAUGGCAUCCUUACAAUUAAUAGUCAGCCCAACGUAAAUGCAGCACCUUCAACAGAUCCUGUGGCAGGGUGGGGACGGCCUGGAGGGUACGUCUUUCAAAAGGUGAACAUGCAUGACUCUUUUUCGUACUAAAUACUUUUUAAAGGGCUCUGUAUCUCAGACUUAUUAUCUGGUUUGUUCGACCUAAGUAGGCUGUUUGAAUAAGUCGCCGUUCCAACUUUAGAAUUAUAACAUCAACUUGGUUCGUCAUUUGUUUGUUGCCAGGAGUUGUAACCCAGCCUAAACAGAACUCGACACAUUGAUAGUGUUUUCAAGUACCUGCUGCUAAGCAGUAUUUUCUCUCAAUACUGUGCACUAUGCUGUAUUAUGUGGUUUUAACUUUCAAGUCUCUGAUUGAAAUCUUAAAAAUGUGACCAUUCGUGUGAAAGCGACGGAGCAGUACUUUCUUGUGGAGCUGUUUAUCAUGCUAUAUUUUAUAAGACGUGGCUUUAAAUUUUGGAGUCUGUGGAUGAAAUUUUGUGGCGUGACCAUUUAAGUAAAAGUUACUGGUGUUAAUCAUGAUGUAGAAAUCUUAAACAUUUGAGGGGUGAAAGUUGUAUGCUGUGGUUGACCUUAAUUUACUCGACGAAUUUAUGGAUGAAAUGUUAAGAAAUUUUAUGAUUACUCUUUUAGGCAUAUUUAGAGUUUUUCACCAGUGAGGAGAUUGUGAUGUGUCUUUACGAAGUACUACAGGAUUUCCCACUGGUUAAUUAUCACAUGGUGAAUUUCUCGGUAAGGCUUAGAUUUUAUAAACCUCGACAGUUUCACACCCAGAGUCUUCAAGCAUCUUGCUCCGCGGUCGCCCCGCGGGUGAUCACCAGGGCGAGGAACCUAGGGACGCUGGGUUCAAGACUGAAAUUUUGCCCGAUGUGAACGUCCACACUCAGUAUUCCGUUUUAAACGAAAACUCUUCAGAAAAUAAUGUAGAUAAACGCAGUACCGAUAAGUUAGUUAUGAGGAAGAACUAGACUAAACCCACAUGGAAGUUAAAGUGGUAUACUAAUACCAAGUGACAACCAUUCCCAUGGCUGAAUUUUGUUACAUUUGUGAUAAAUUUGAUUUCAGAUGUAGUGGUGGUGGUGGGAGUGGCGGGCGGGGAGGGGGGAGUGUAAAAAAGGGUUGGGCUUCCAAUGUGGAGGUCAUGAAGUGCCCCCCAAAACGCAACGCAGUUGAUUUUACUACUUGACACGCGUAUAACAACCAUUAUACUACUACAUGAGAUAUUUCUGCAAUUUGAUUGGCUUAGAGCGGUGGUAUUUCAGCUUAAUUUGAAAUACCUACAUGUGAAAAUUACAACCUUUUGUGGGUAGUAGUAUAAACAAAUAAUAGCAUGAUUUGUACGUGACAUUUGGCAUAAAUACCACUUGUGAUAUUUCAAAAUUGUCUCAAAUUUCACUCGCCUAACGGCUCGUGAAAUUACGUAUAACAAUUUUGAAAUAUCACUCGUAGUAUUUAUGACAAAUAUCACUACAAAUCAUGCUAUUACCUAUACAAAUUAAACCUCGCAUCAACUGCUGCGGAUAUUUUCGCUUUUUAUUCCAGGGAAAAGAAGAUGCAACGAACGCGAACGUAUACUCCUCAAUAGCUGUGACGUGGGGUGUUUUUCCUGGAUCAGAGAUCAUUCAACCCACUGUAGUUGAUCCUAUCGCUUAUCAGUUUUGGAAGGUAAGACAAUAAAACCUUACGUUCAGAGGGCAAACUAACAAAAUAUCAUGUUAUACCAUGUUAUAAUGCUGCUCCUAGGCUCGAUUUCCGCCGUCCCCCGAGUCCAGUCUUUAGACCUCAUCUUCUUUCGCGGGAAUGAGUGCGGGUUCAUUGAAUAGAAACUGGUAUAAAUCGCGUCGAUCGACCCUAUUCUGGCCCCAGUUGUUUGAAAACACAGUCCACUACGACAAAGGGAACUUAACCAACGACGACGGCGACGGCAACGAGAACAUCAAAAACUCAAUAUGUUUAGAAUGGCAAAACAGCAAAACAACAACUUUGCACGUGCAUCUAGCCUGCGAGCAAGCUCUCCUAUUUGGGCGAGCGAGCCUCGCGAGAACGCGCGAGCGAGGGGCCCCUGUCCCUCGCGGCUUCGCCGCUCUCUCGCGAGUUCUCGCGAGACUAGCUUCGCUCGCCCAAAUAGGAAAGCUUGCUCGCAGGCUAACGUGCAUCCCCCUUUUUGUACAUUGCUUUGCCGUCGUUGCACGACUUCGACGUGAAACUUUCUAAUUUUACGUUUGAUAGGACGUAGACACAAGACAACGAUUUUGUUUUUCUUUUUGUGAAGUUAGAUACAUUCCUUUAGAAUUCGACUCCUGAAAAAAUGGCCAACAUUUGAAAAAUUAAAAUGGCUGGAAAAAGAGCGAUGAAGUUUGAAGCAACGCGAAUUUACUUUUUGGGUGACGUUUUCGUUGCCGUGGCCGUCGUCGUUGUUUAAGAGCAAGCUCUCCUAUUUGGGCGAGCGAAGCGAGUCUCGCGAGAACGCGCGAGCGAGCGGCGAAGCCGCGAGGGGUGGAGGAAAGAAGCCCCUUGCUCGCGCGUUCUCGCGAGGCUCGCCCAAAUAGGAGAGCUUGCUCGCAGGCUAGCUGCCCUAUGACACCUCAGCAUCUUACGCUAAGGGCCUGUUUACAUGGGGGUGGGUGACCCCAGGUAGGUGAGGUAACCCGCUUAAGGGGGGUAACCCUCCUGUCGCUAUAAUCUCUCAUUUUAAUUUGAUCACGUUUACAUGAUAGGUGGGGUGACCCGCCGAGGCGGGAGCCCGGACUGCCAGACCGGGUAACCCUCUCAGCCGGGGUCAAAUUUUGGCAUAUAAACGUUUCAAGAAAGGGUAACCCGCCUAGCCGGGGUCGGAUUCGUGAUACAUCAAAUUUGCGCGAAAUUCACUUUGGCGGUGGCUUUGCAUCAUUACUAAAGGUAACAAUAGAAAGCCACAGCACUGAAGGUUGCAGCAACAGCAGCAAGUGAGCGUAGAAGAGCAUUAACCACCAAAACCCUUGGUUUGCCAGCAUUUUUCUUGUUUACGUGCUUAGCGACCAUUCAAUAAUCUUGAGAAAGUGCACCCCUGGAUGGCGGGGUUGUAAGAUUGCAUGUAAAGGAGGGUUAUUUUUUUACCCCACCUGAGCGGGUUACCUCACCUACCUGGAGUCCCCCACCUCCAUGUAAACAGACCCUAAUUCACCCGGGCUCACAUCAACACCUUUCACCACACAACGUGUGAGAGGUUGCCUUGGUCUGCCAACUUUGUUCCCAGGAUGGACAGAGAGUAGGGAGGCCCUAGGAACAAGUUGAAAGUCUACGUCCCCCUGUCUGACCACACAGAGUUCCCAGCAGGUUUAUGACUUGUAUUUGUUUUUCAUUAGGACGAGGCGUUCGCUCUUUGGAAGCAUCAGUGGGGAAGUAUUUACCCUGAGAAAUCCAAGUCACGUGAGGUUAUCGACACAAUACACAGUACUUAUUAUCUGGUGAAUCUUGUUGACAAUGAUUACGUGGCCGGAAAUCAACUCUUUGACAUUCUAGACAUAGUCUUGAAAAAAUUGGGAAAAAUAUAACGUGACGUAGGUGUAUUAAGCCCCGUCAAAUGGUGUGUGAUAGUUUCAGGUGGCGCUCCCUUCCUCAGUCUGAGCACGACCUUACGUAAGGUAUUUCCUUUCAUGAACUAUCCACGCUAUUUCGAUUUUCUUUGAAAAAUUUUGUUGAGGUGAUACUAGAUGAUGGCAUUCCUGUAUACAUAAGGAACAGUAAAUUUUAGGCUACUACUUGUCUGAAUUUGGUGAGAUUGAAAAAUCGUUUGCACUUUGAAUGGAUAAAGUUCAUGUGACGACAUUUAUGUCGAGUUUAAAAGAGAGCUUGGCUGACACUGCUUGUAGCGUAUGUAAGAAUGAAGAAAUGAAUCUGAUAUUGACAACGAAAUGGCUAUAAGUUUUUAAAUCUCCACAAGGGGUAGUGGACAAAAGGAAUAAAAUUAAUGUUUAAAAAAGUGAUUGAAACACGUAAUCGUGUAGAAUGGUCAGCAAGCAAGUAUUGCGGGGAGAAAUUUCUUUCCAAACGACUGGAUUGUCGUGUGGAAAUCUAACAACAAUAUCAAGCUCAAUCAUUUUCCUAUUGAGGUCGAAUUUGCUGUUAAUCAAAGCAGUAGGUGAAAGUUCUGGUGGUAUUUAAUAAAGAGAUAAUUUACUCAAGCAUUCAUGUGCUGUAUUCCCCUGGGUGCCAGAGACUUUUCAUGCGCUUCCGGUUUCGGUCAGGGUAUGUGCUGUAAUAAGAGGGCAGAUUUUUGACGCUUGUGACGUCACGACCUUGUCAGGUGAGUAGCACCUUCCUUACGAGGGUCUCUCAAAUCUUUGUUCAGGCUAAGAAGCCUGGUAAUGAGUUUGUUCGAGAACCCUUGCUCAAAUAACCUAUGGGACAAAUUUAUUUGCUCGUGUAGACGACGCAACAAAUUUAAAAAGUCAAAGCACGACAGAGGUGACUCUGGAGACAUCCAUGACAACAAAGCCAGGGCGCUAAGUCGUGAGUAGUGGGAGCCUGGAAACCCACGGUUAUCAUGAAAAGUAUUUGCCACGGUAAACCUGUUACGAAGGUUUUUCGGCGACUAUAAUUGGCACAUACAGUUUGUGCAACAUUUCUUGUAAACGCGAGGAAGUGAAAAUUGUCUUAUCACAUUUUAAUCGUUUGAAUGGGGCUUUACAAUAGAGUUUUAAUUGGACAAUGUCACUUCGUGGUGCUCUAAAUAGUGAUGUUUUUCAUAUAGAUAUACAGGGAAAUGUUUCUAAGAUUAUUGAACAAACC